AUGGAAACAGAGAAGAUAACCAAAUUCACAGAGCACAAAACCAACAAGACCAGACUCGUAACCGAUUUCAACAACCACCACCAGCCAAGGAUUCUCCGUAUCUCCGUCGCCGACCCGGACGCAACUGAUUCCUCCAGCGACGAAGAAGAGCACCAGCGUUUCGUCUCUAAACGCCGUCGUAUCAAAAAGUUCGUCAACGAAGUGGUUCUCGACCCUGGCGCUUCCGUCUGUAGUCAAAUCGAGCCGAGGAAGAGACGGAAGAGAGCUCUCGCCGUGAAAUCGGAGGCUCCGGUUGUCGCAGCGAAGCCGACGACGACGACGACGGAGAAGAAAUUCCGAGGAGUGAGACAGCGUCCAUGGGGAAGAUGGGCGGCGGAGAUAAGAGACCCGAGUCGACGUGUACGGCUCUGGCUUGGAACUUUCAACACGGCGGAGGAAGCCGCGUUGGUCUACGACAACGCCGCUAUUCAGCUCCGCGGAGCCGACGCGCUCACUAAUUUCUCUAAUCCUUUGACGGAGAAAAUGUCUCCUCCACCGUCGCCGGCGAAGAAGAACGACACAAUCAAAGACGUCACCGCUACUUCCUCCGUCAGCAGUAACAGCAACGACUGCCUCUGCUCUCCGGUAUCUGUUCUCCCGUCUCCGUUCGCCGCCGACGAAUUUUCCGGCAGCUCGUCAUCGCCCGCAGCGGUUAUCGUCAAGGAAGAGCCUACCCCGACGACGGUGUCGGAGACUUUCUCGGAUUUCUCGGCGCCGUUGUUCACAGACGAGGAUUUGUUCGAUUUCCGGAGCUCGGUUGUUCCCGACUAUCUCGGCGGCGACUUAUUCGGGGAAGAUCUCUUCGCGGAUACGUGUAUGGAUAUGAACUUCGGGUUCGAUUUCGGAUCCGGGUUAUCCAACUGGCACGUGGAGGACCAUUUUCAAGAUAUCGGGGAUCUAUUCGGGUCGGAUCCUCUUUUAGCAGUUUGA